AUGCUCUCGCCAGAUUCUCCGGGCGGUCCAAAUCUUGCUAUCAUCUCAAUCGUGUGCGGUUGGGUGUUUAUCAGUCUCGCAAUAUUUGCCGUUGCCUUACAGGUUUGGGGGAGCGUCAGAAGAGGUUCAAGCAUUGGCGGUGACAUUCUGUUGGUUCUUGCUACGAUCAUAAGUGUUGGUCUUGUAUCACACAUUACGUGGGCAAUAGUGAGAGAGAAUUUCGGCAAGCACGAUGCUGAUAAUCCAGGGAAUAAAAUUUCCUUCAUCGCGAGGGUAUGCGUCUCUGAUUUUUCACACACUUUUGAAGUAUUGACAGAUUCUAACAGUCCCUUCUUAUAAAUCAAACUCUAUGGGGCCUGGUUAAUACACUUAUUCGGGUCAAUGCUAUCGUCUUCAAGCAGAAAACACUGCUCCUCAGGUGGCCAGCUUGGACACUGCUAGUGCUUUCUAUCCUCUACGGAGUAGUCCUUAUAUUAGAAGUUUUCCUAAUCUGUCGCCCUUUAGCAUUGGACUUGGGAACUGAACUGGACACCAAAUGUAGCAACCAAGUGGACUCUUAUCUCUCACUAGAAAUAUGUGGUCUUCUUCUCGAUGUCCUGAUUUUGAUUAUACCAUUGCUGAGAGUGUGA